AUGUCGUCAAUCUCUCCCACAGGUUCUUACGCAUCCUCUCAGCCCCAGGACGCAGGCAAUGCCUACAAAUACGAGGAUCCUACGGCGUACCAGAUCCCAUCAGCCUAUCCUCAUCAGUUCGAGGUUUCUCUACCCGUCCCUCGCUCCGGACCUGAAGCUCAUCCAAAUGAUCACUCGAAAUCUCAAGGUUCUGGGUCAUCAGAACCCAAGGUUCGUCUGAGGAAGGCUUGUGACAGUUGCAGUGUGCGAAAAGUUAAGUGUGACGAGACCGGUCCACCAUGCAAAUCAUGCGCUGCCCUCGAUAUUCCAUGCACCUUUGAUCGUCCCAGUCGACGUCGUGGGCCUCCCAACAGACAUGCCGAAGCCAUCAAGAGACAGAAACUCGAAGGAGGGGGCUUUGAAGGUUCAAGAGGUUCACCAACCCACGAUGCCGCAUAUAGCCUCGCCGCUCUGUCUGGCCCUGCCCCUCUGUCCGCCGAAUCCAUAUGCGAUUUGCCUACCUUGAAAGUUUUAUUAGAUGAUUAUUUCAUUUACAUCCAUCCCUUGAUACCUCUUCCACACGAGCCCACAUUCCGGAGAUCUUUUGAGGCCAGAGAGGACCGGACCAACCAUAACUUCUUGUCUUUGGUGGCUGCUAUGGUGGAAUGUCUGGUGGCCUCAUUUCCACGCCGACCACGACAAUUAUUCACCUCGGAACAAGCAAGAGCACAAUUUCCCAAUGCGGGUGCUUUGAUCGACAGAUGUCAUCAAGUCUUCGUCGAGGCCCGAGGUCUCGGAUAUAUGGACAGGCCGAUGAGCCUCUACGAUGGGAUCGCGAGUUAUUUGACCGGACUCGCUGCUGGCUACGUUCUAGACAUUCCCCGCAUGCGUCUUUAUCUGGGAGAAUGCACCAUCAUAAUGAGGGAGUUCAAUUUCCAUCGACCAGAGAUUCAUCGACCAACCUCAGCUCCGCCCGGAGGAUUAUUUUCCCCGGUUGAUACCAACCGACCGCCACCCGUCGACCACGUCUAUCAAGAAUCUGGUCGUCGGCUUUUCUGGUUGUUAUUCGUUGGCGCCAUGUCGGCCCGUCAACUGGACGAAGCUGAGGGCGAUCUGUUAAUGCCCCCAGUGUCACAUGCCGAAAUGCUUCCGCCUCUGCCUCUCGAAGUGGACGAUGAAUACAUCACAGAGUCUCAGGUUUUUCCCCAGCCUCGUGGAGUGGUCUCGGAAAUGGUAGGAUUCAAUCUUAAUGUCAAAGUCUUUCGGGCUUUUCACUUCCUGGCCGCCUUGGAAAUGGCCUUUGGCGCAAACACCGUCUACGACUGGGAUCGCCAGCGUCAAAUCAUUCGCCGAGCCUUGCAAAAUGUCAAGGACGCCACUCGAGAUGCCCCAAAAGAACUGCAGUUAAAUCCUGCCAACGGGUUCGGCGAGUGGCCCCCCACGCAAGCCGACAUCUCAGCAUACUCUCAUCUCUUCCAUGAUCGUGAAGGAGGUGAGACUGAUCCAAGCGCGACACCAGGCAGUGCCCGUGGAUCUUUACCACUGCCCUACUCCAAGCGAGCCAUCCAAUUUGAGAUCCAAAAGGCCAAUAUCUACGCCACGCAACUGUCGUCCAGAUCAUACCUCGUCGAGCGUUUUUGGAACUUGUACGAAAUCGUCGACCGCGAUAAGUUGACCCUCCCUUCCGACAAGUCGAGAACCAGUUCUUCUCCGACCGCGGGAAUCAUGACGACCGGAAUGGAGCACAGUUACCGACAGGUGGCUGGUCGGACCCCUAGCGACAGUAUGAUGGAUGCUGGAGAACAAAUGAUGGCCGUGGAGCGAGAAGAUAUUGUUCGUGAUAUGGCGCUUCUGCUCAAGAGCAUCAAUCAAGUCAACAUGGAGCCCAAUGGGAUGAGCUUUUGUAACAAAAUUCGAACUGUCGCCUCGACUUUACUUGAAACCAAGCGUGCCAGAAUGAGCGUUAUGCCGACGCUCGACUCGGAGGGCGUCAACAAAUACCUCGACACCUUCCUCGGUAUUUUGUCGAAGCUGGAAAGAUUAGGUCCCGCCCGUUUCCGAGGGGUGGCUGAUGCGGGCACGGGGGGACUUCUGCGGACGGCGGAAGAGAUCGAAGAGGAAGAACUGGUACACUGGGCAAGUUUGAAGGAGCACCAAGAGAGAUUUGUCAGGUCCAGUGGAUUCUGGUAA